UUAUGAUAGCAAAAGAAACCUUACCUCUUACAAAAAACGUAAUUGGUAUCGAAAAUUUAAAAAGUCGCUCUAAUUGGAUGCUUAGUGGAAAUAGUAGAAAAAAAAUAUUCAAUAUGGAUGGCUACAGAUCAUACGACGUGAGCUGUCAGCUGUAAUAAUUUUUGUUUCUUUGUGUUUAUUACGCCUUUAAAAAUGUUAUGAUCAUUACGUACACGCGAAUAUGGGUGCGAAAGACUCAAAACCAUCUUUUAUAUCUUACGAGGAUGCAGUGAAACGAGUGUCUGAUAGUGAGUUGAGACGUAUACGUGAAGCGUUCAAGAGAUGUGCCGGUGCAAACGGAACGGCCUUGAGCUUAGAGGCGUUCGUCCACGAAGUGCUUUGUGAUGGAGUUCCCUACGAGGUGGCCGAGUGGCUUUACCAGGCGUGUGGCGGCACCAAGAGAGGGAUCGCCUUCAGGGAGCUACUAUGUGGUAUCGUAGUCCUCACUAAGGGCAACAUCGAAGAGAAAAUAAAGUUUCUCUGGACACUUUAUGUGAACAACCAAGGAGACAAUGGAACAUACAUAUACAAGAAAGAUUUCGCGCGAACUCUCCAUCUGGAAUAUAGUUCACUCCCCUAUACUGGGCCACAAAGAAAUGCAGAAAUACUUAUGAGCCUGUUUGGCCCAGCUGAAAAGGUCACAUUCGAUCAAUUUCGGUCAUGGCUACUGAUACACAAAGAUGCGACAGUGCUGUCGAAAUGGCUCCUGUCGGAAGUCAAUGUGGCCCAGGACCUGGAAACACCCACAUUCUACCAGAGUCUGGCAGGAGUCACUCAUUUGGAAGAGCGGGACAUAAUAGAACUGGAGAAAUGUUUCUGGACUCUAAGGAAUGCUGCUCCAACGGGACAGUUGGAUGCAGAAAGCCUGUCCCCUCUCCUGUCUCCGCCCCUCCCUGCGGCAGCCGUCGCGGGCGCAUUCCUGGCCUUCGACGAGAACAGGGAUGGCCAUGUGGACUUCAAGGAGCUGUGCUGUGGACUCAGCGCGGCCUGCAGAGGACCACGGACUGAGAGACUUAAAUUUUGCUUCAAAAUCUUCGACCUGGACAGCGAUGGAGUGCUCAACAAGAAAGAACUCAUCGAUAUGGUCGGGAUCCUUUGCACAGUUGCCAACGAGAGCCUUAAGAACCAGGGUUCUAGAGCAUCCACACCUUCAGACAGCAAUGAUUCCGAGAGCACGGAGAAAGGGUUUGACCCUGAAGUCAUCCUGGUUAACUUGAGGGAGAAACUGGUCACCGUGCCCAAGAAUGGAAGGAAACCAGUGUUCCAGUUGGGUCCCAAUGGUGAUGAUAAUAAAGAGGAGAUUAUUGUUUUAAAAGAGCAACAAAUUCAAGAACAACAAGAUGAAAUACAGCCCGAAGAAGAUCUAGAGAGCGAAGGUCUGAUAGCUAACGACAUGGCGCUGACUCUCGAGGACUUCUUGAUAUGGAGCGUGGAGAGUGCGGAGUCGCUGGUAACACCGUUCCUGGACUUAUUGUUCGAGGUCUGCCAUAUUGUGCUGGGUCUAAGGCCACAGUGCAAACAUCAGGAGAGGGAUAUUGUACUGGGCUGGUUGAGACGAGCAGUUCAGCGUGGUUACGCGGUGGGUCAGUUCUGGUACCUGGUGGGUGCCGAGUGGUGGGCCAAUUGGCUCGCCUAUACCUCCGCCUCCAGCACCGACAACUGUUGCCGACCCCCAAACAGACAUAUCGACGAGGCCAUCGUCUGCGAUGAGAGUUUUACCAGCAACUCCACUGAGUCGAUGGGGUCCCUGCUGUGGCGCGCGGAGACGGCGUCGCUGGGCAGCGGCGGCAGCAGCAGCGGCGUGAGCAGCGCGGCGGCGGCGCGGCGCGGGCCGCCCGGGCCCGUGCACAACAAGCGCCUGCUGGCGGCCGCGCCCGGCGCCGCGCGCCGCCUCACGGGCGAGGGCGGCCAUCUGCGCCGCGACGUCACGCUGGCGCAGCACCACGACUUCGAGCUCGUGCCCGACGCGCUCUGGCGCGCGCUCGCGCUCUGGUACGGCGGGCCCGACCCGCUGCCGCGACAGGUUAUCCGUCCUCCGAAUUCUGACGUUGAGUUGGAGCUGUACCCUCUGCAUUUGAAGAUAUUGCGGCACGUGCAGAGUCCACAAAGGAUGCCCCCCGGCGGGGUGGCGGGCGCGGGCGGGGCGGCGCUAUACAGCGGCGUGGCCCCGGCGCCGCCCGAGCGUCAACUCGCAUACACGGCCGCCUUCUCCAGGCUGGCUACUGUAAAGCAGGUAUGUGACUUCCUAUGCGCCGCGCUGGGCCUGGCCCGCGAGGAUGUCCGGCUAUGGCUAGUGACGGGCGGGUCCGCGGGCAGCGGCGGCGUACUGCUGGACGACGAGCGCCCCACGCUGGCCUCGCUGGGGCUGGACGAGCGCUCCCGCCUACUGCUGGAACUGAGGAACCCUGACCUCACCUGGCCUGAAGAGAUUGGUGCGCUCAGUAUGAGCAGUGGGUCCAGCCGUGCCACGGAGCGCCGUGAGACCCUGAUCGCUCCCAACCUGCCCGGGGCGACCGGACUACACAACCUCGGGAACACGUGCUUCAUGAACGCAGCUCUGCAGUCGGUAUGGAACACGGGUCCCUUAACGAGGUACUUCAACUCGGGCAUGCACCUGUAUGAAGUGAACACCACCAACCCGCUGGGCACCAAGGGCGUACUGGCGCUGCGCUACGGGGAGCUCUGCAAGGAGGUGUGGUCGUGCAGCGCGCGGUCGGUGGCGCCGCUGCGCGUGCGGUGGUGCGUGUCGCGGUGGGCGCGCGCGCUGGCGGGCGGCGGCCAGCACGACGCGCAGGAGCUGCUGGCCUGGCUGCUCGACGCGCUGCACGAGGACCUCAACCGCGCGCCCGCGCCGCGCCCAGCGCCCGCCCAGCCCGCGCCCGACUCGGCGGGCCGCGCCGACCGCGUCGUGGCGGCCGAGGCCUGGGCGCAGCACACGCAGCGCAACGCGUCCGUCAUCACGGACCUGUUCUACGGCCAGCUCAAGUCCAAGGUGCAGUGCGACACCUGCGGCCGCGACUCCGUGCGCUUCGACGCCUUCAACAUGCUCAGUCUGCCGCUGCCCAUGGAGUCCUACGUCUGCUGCGAGAUUAGAGUUAUAUUACUGGACGGGUCAGUGCCUAUAAAAUACGGAGUACGAGUGAACUCGGAAGGCACAUAUUUGGAUCUCAAGAAAAAGUUAUCAGAACUAUGUGGACUAGAGCCUGAAGCGAUGCUAAUAGUAGAGUUAUCGGGUGCAAUGAUCGGUCGCGUGUUCGAGGACGGGGCGAAGAUAUCGGCGGCGAGCGCUACGGAGCUGUUUGCGUACGAGAUCCCGCGCGACGACCCCGACACCGACUGCAGCGACUGCGAGGACUACACGCACGAAACUAACGGCUGGAGCUCGGAGUCCCCGCAGUGGGCGGAGGUGAGUGUGGGCGGCGGCAAUACUUCCUCACUCUGCAUGCCAGCACUCUUCUGCUUCAAGCGCUCGAGAUCGGAAAUUCUUAUGUCCCAGAGCCCCCCGAGCGCGCAGUACACGCACGGCGUGACCCCGGCGCGCUGCAGCACGCUGCCGCGUGGCACGCGCCGUGACCCCACGGCCCGCGACGCCUCGCCCACGCCCAGCGCGCGCUCGCUGACGCUGGCGCCGCGCUCGCCGCGCCUGUCCAGCGUCAAGUUCGGCUCGUCGCCUUCCGACAUGUGUCGCCUGGGAGACUCCAGGGAAGCGCCCGGCAAGAUACAGUAUCUCGUCGCUGUGCAUAGGAAGCAGACGCGGUCGGACGCGUACUUCCUGCCGUGGCAGCGCAGCCGGUCGUCGGUGUUCGGGGUGCCGCUGGUGGUGCGCGUGCGCGGCGCGGGCACGGGGCGCGCGCUGUACGCCCGCCUGUGGCGCCAGCUGGCGCGCCUGCUGUCGGCGCGCGCGCCGCCCGCCGCCGGACACAACCACGCCACGGACUGCGACGACAGCCUGGGCUACGAGUUCCCCUUCCGCGUGCGUCUGGUGCGUCGCGGCGCCGCCUGGUGCGCGCGCUGCGCCUGGCCCCGCCUCUGCCGCGGCUGCGCGCUGCCCUCCGACGACACGCCGCUCGACCACUGCGGUAAGCGUCGUCGCAGUAAACGGCCUAGUGUAACUCCCGCCGCAAUAGACGCUGACGUGCCCAACACCAACUCUCCCGUCGCUAAGAACAAACUCAACCGACAUGCUACCACGCGAUUAUCCGACGAUAUGUCGGGUGAAUGUGAGAGCGGCGAGGUGGGGGCGCGGGAACUAGGCGCACUACUGGCGGGAUCGCGGCGCGGGGACAUCAUGCUGGCCAUCGACUGGGACCCCACCGCACUGCACCUGAGGUACCAGUCUACCAGGGAGAAGGCGUGGGUGGAGCACGAGUCGGUGGCGCGGUGCCGCGCGGAGGCGGGGCGCGCCAUCGACCUGGCGAGCUGCCUGCGCGCCUUCACCAGCUGCGAGCGCCUCGAGCAGCGCUACCACUGCGCGCACUGCCGCAGCGCGCAGCCCGCCACCAAGAAGCUGCAGAUCUGGAGGCUGCCGCCCAUACUCAUAGUCCACUUAAAGCGGUUCCAAUACGUGAACAACAAAUGGAUAAAAUCACAGAAAGUAGUCAACUUCCCGUUCCAAGACUUCGACCCCACGGCCUACUUAGCGUCAGUACCUCAGGAGACCAUACUCAGGCAUACGGAGAUACUCAACUCCAAGCACAGGUCAUCAGUAUUCGUAGACGACACUAUAUCCGAGUCCGACAGUGAAAACGAGGAGAGCAACGUGCAGCAGAAAGUCCAGAGGCCGAAGGUGGAGAGGAAGCGAAGGAGUUCCGUGGAGACUAAAGGGAGAGAGAGGUUGGAGUCGACGAGCUUGGUGACGACGCCGGUGACGGACGACAACCUGAUAGACUACCACGGACACCACCUGGUGGCGGAGCAGGACCCGUUCGAGCUGAAGUACCGGCUGUACGCCGUGGUGUCGCACUCGGGGCAGAUGAGCGGCGGCCACUACGUGGCCUACGCGCGCAACCCCUCGGGCGCCUGGCUCUGCUACAACGACAGCUCCUGUCGCGAGCUGCCCCCCGCGCCCGCGCCGCCCAUCGACCCCGCCUCCGCCUACCUGCUCUUCUACGAGCGACAAGGGCUCGACUACGACAGGUACCUCCCAGAUAUCACAGGCAAAGAGCCCGUGGUACGAGACGCCGAAGUACUAGACCCUGAUGAGAACGACCUGAAGAAAAUGUGCUCCAUCAUGUAAGAGUUGUGAUGUCCAGCAGCGUGAGACUACUCGCCUCGUGGCCAUGGAGCCACCCUCGUGGCCAAGGAGUCCAGCUCUGCGGUGUAUUACGGGUUCAGUCCCUUAAGCUUCGAGUUGGUGACUGGGCGGCGCGAUACUUGACAGCUAUCGGUACUAUCAGACUACCUCUACCAAUGUAAAGCCGAUAUUCAUUGCUCUUAUUGUUUGGUUCGCUUUAAAAAUGGGUACAUUCCAGUUUUUACCGUUACUAUGCAAAUAUGUACCUUAGUCAAUAAGGUAUGUAUUCGGUUGUUGUCCAAUUAUUUAUAGCGUCCGUCACGUCGCCAAUUUGAGCUGACCGUAUGAAGGUGGAAUGAAAUGCAGUUAUUAAAUAUACGGCCCGAAGAUUCGGUGUAUAGUUUUGAAGAAAUAAAAAUAUUAUAAUAAAGAAAAUAUUACAAAUAAAUUAUUGAAUAUUGUGGUCUGUCUCAAAAUAUUUAAACUUAUGUUAGAGCCGCGAUGGGACCACAUAAAAACGCUCAAAAUUUUAAUUAAUUGAGUAUAUAAUAAUUUCAAUGAAUAAUUUGAUAUGUAUUUUAUCUAAAUUAAUUUAUUCACUGCCAGUUCUUUAUAAAGGUAUCAUAUAAUUCUUUAUUAAGAAUGGUACAUAAAAUUAAGGCACUUGGCUUUCUGAAAUAAAAAAAUAAAAUAUUGUCAUCCAGAAAUAUCUAUACAUCUGAUCGCAGACGGCUAAUCAAAUACCAAAAGUUAUGAACACAAAUUUUAAUUAAUCUAUUAAUAUAUUAAUGUAUUGAAUUGAAUAUUAUCGAUUAUGACAUUAUUUCGUUUUUUUAUAAUAUUUUUUGUAAAAUAAAUUAUGAUGUUGUCGAUUAUUUCGAGCGAGGGUUUGGCGUGAUAUUGCGCGGUAAGAUGGUGGCACAGGAAUUGUAAUUAUACAAGUAUUUCACUGUGACACGAGCUACUUAUUAUUGGUCUAAUAUAAGCUGUGAUGGAAUGAAAACUUGAACAUGAAAUUAUAAUUGAUUUGGUCUUUUUAGAAUACAAUAAGUUUGUUAUUCAAAAAUUAUUCAACAUACAAUACA